GCCAGGAAGGAGGAGGAGGAAGUGGUCAGCAGCACCCGGGGUCCCAGAUUGCCCACGGUGAUGUUGGCCAGGCGGGUGCUUGGAACCUCACGCAGGGCGGCGCUAGGAUCGGUGGAGGCUGCGCUUGGCGGUUUGAAGUCAAUAUGGGGAAGCAGCCAACAUUUUUGCUCUGCUCUUUCUAAGGGUGUCACAUAUAGGGAACUAAAAAACCUGUUGAGCUCCAAAAACAUUAUGUUAAUUGAUGUUAGAGAUACGUGGGAAGUUCUUGAGCAUGGAAAAAUACCUGGAUCGAUCAACAUACCAUUGGAUGAGGUGGGGGAAGCUCUACAGAUGAACUCAAGGGAUUUCAAAGAGAAGUACCAUGAAGUGAAGCCAUCCAAAUCCGACAGUCUAGUGUUUUCUUGUUUUGCUGGAGUAAGAAGUAAGAAGGCUAUGGACACAGCAAUAUCACUGGGCUUUAACAGUGUUCAACACUAUGCUGGGGGAUGGAAAGAAUGGGUAACCUAUGAAAUUUCCGAGAAGAAACAAGAAAAUUGAGUUCUGGAAUAAGAGAACUCUGUCCUGUGUUCAUACAUCCAAGGACAGUGGAUGAAGCAAAAGAAAUCUCCAGUCUCGGCACCAAAGGAUAUGCUCAGCAACUGUUUUCCUCCUCUGUGCACUGAAGAGACUGCUCCCCUGAACACUUUCAGAGUCUACUGAGAACUGUGAUAAUAUGAAUUGCCAUUGACAUAUACAGAUUCUACAGUUAAUUUUUUUUUUUUUUUUUUGGUUUUUCCAGACAGGGUUUCUCUGUGGCUUUAGAGCCUGUCCUAGAACUAGCUCUAUAGACCAGGCUGGUCUCGAACUCACAGAGAUCCGCCUGCCUCUGCCUCCCGAGUGCUGGGAUUAAAGGCGUGCGCCACCAUCGCCCGGCUCUACAGUUAAUUUUUAAGUGUUUGGUAUUCCAAAGAAUCAGGUAGCUUGUGUGACCUAAUCAUGUGCAGUCAUGUUAUAAGCAGGCGUGUUAACAAGCAGUCCCGAUCUUAAACAAUAACUAAGCAUUGGUUUUAGGCCCAUACUUGUAGUUCCCAUACUCAGUAGAUUGAGAAAGGCAGAUUGCUGUAAAUUUGAGGCCAGGCUAUAAAUUUGAUAUUCUGUUACAAAAGAAAAGAAAAGGAAAGAAAAAGAUCUGGGGUCCAGAGACAUAAACUCUGAACAGGAGGGGCUGGAGAGAUGGCUCAGAGGUUAAGAGCAUUGCCUGCUCUUCCAAAGGUCCUGAGUUCAAUUCCCAGCAACCACAUGGUGGCUCACAACCAUCUGUAAUGGGGUCUGGUGCCUUCUUCUGGCCUUUGGGCAUACACACAGACAGAACAUUGUAUACAUAAUUAAUAAAUAAAUAUUAAAAAAAAAAAGAAAACUCUGAACAGGAAAACACAUUCACAGUGUCUGAAGACUCAGGACAUGUGGCCAGAAUAGAAAAAAUGUAACUAAUUUUAAAACUUCAGGUCAGGGGCUGGAGAGAUGGCUCAGUGGUUAAGAGCAUUGCCUGCUCUUCCAAAGGUCCUGAGUUCAAUUCCCAGCAACCACAUGGUGGCUCACAACCAUCUGUAAAGAGGUCUGGUGCCCUCUUCUGGCCUUCAGGCAUACAGACAGAAUAUUGUAUACAUAAUAAAUAAAUAAAUAUUAAAAAACUUCAGGUCAAUGUGAGGAUAAAAGUUGCAUGGGUUAUGAUUGUGGAAGGCAAACGAACCUGGAAGAGGUCAGGAAAUUUUGUAGGCUAGUAGAUUGUCUAUGGUAUGACUGAAUUGUCAGGAGUAUGCGUGUCAAACCCCAUCAAAGCAAACACAAAGACAUGGUAUUACAAGAAAUAUACCUCAAUUUGAAAACUAAUAAAAACAAAUAUUUAUACCAUCUUGACUCCUUCUAGGGUGCAAUGUAUGUUUUUAGAAUGUUAAAUUAUAUGCUUGUUAGUGUGCUGGCUUAAUAGGAACAAAGUAAACUUGUGUUUUCUUGUUUUUUUAAGAUUUAAUUGUUAUGCAGAUGAAAGGUUUUCCCUCUUAAGGGACUACUUCUUACUUCUACUGAUACAUCACACUCCAUCCUACAUAGAGGAAGCCCAGGAAACCAGCUACAGCCUGG